AUGUAUCAACCCGAGCAAAGUUCCAGUCUAUUUCUAGGCGGCCAAAGAACGACAGGACAAGAUGUCAGAUCGAGCAACAGUCGUAACAAACCAGUGCUUGCAGCAGUGUCUAUUGCCAACAUUGUCAAGAGCUCAUUAGGCCCAGUUGGAUUAGAUAAAAUGCUGGUGGAUGAAAUUGGGGACGUCACUAUCAGUAACGACGGCGCUACCAUAUUACAGCUCUUGGAAGUCGAACAUCCUGCAGGAAAAGUGUUGGUGGAAUUAGCUCAACAACAAGACAAAGAAGUAGGUGAUGGCACAACCUCCGUCGUCAUUAUUGCAGCAGAAUUGCUCAAGCGAGCCAACCACCUUGUCAGAAACAAGAUCCAUCCCACCACCAUCAUCACAGGCUACCGAUUGGCUUCCAAAAUGGCAUGUAGAUUUAUUGCGGAUCAAAUGGCUGUCAGUGUCAAUACGUUGGGGAAAGAGUGCCUGAUCAAUGCAGCAAAGACAUCCAUGAGCAGCAAAAUCAUUGGCUCCGAUUCAGACUUCUUUGCUACUUUGGCAGUGGAAUCUAUGCUGGCAGUAAAGACAACCCAUGCGCGAGGACAAACCAAAUACCCCGUUGAGGCCGUCAACAUUUUGAAAGCGCAUGGCAAAUCAGGGCGUGAAUCAGUCCUUGUUUGUGGAUACGCAUUGAACUGCACAGUAGCAUCACAAGCCAUGAACAAAUGCAUCAAAAAUGCUAAAAUUGCCUGCUUGGACAUCAACUUGCAAAAGGCGCGCAUGCAUCUCGGUGUGCAUAUUAUUGUCGAUGAUCCUGAUAAGCUACAAGACAUCCGCAAGCGAGAGAUUGACAUCAUAACCGAGCGCAUCAGCAAGAUUUUGGAUACAGGUGCCAAUGUCAUAUUCACUACCAAAGGCAUUGACGACCUCUGUCUCAAGUUGUUUGUGGAAGCAGGUGCUAUGGCUGUACGUCGAUGCAAAAAGGAGGAUUUGCAGCGCAUAGCCAAAGCGACAGGUGCCACACUGGUGUCUUCUUUGGCUAAUCUAGACGGCGAAGAGACAUUUGAAGCCAGCUCGUUGGGACAAGCAGAAGAGGUGAUCCAGGAACGCAUCGCUGAUGAUGAAUGUAUAGUGGUCAAGGGCACAAAGAGUCAGAACGCAGCUUCUAUUAUAUUGCGUGGUGCUAAUAGUUUCAUGUUGGAUGAAAUGGAGCGGUCGUUGCAUGAUGCCUUGUGUGUUGUGAAGUGUACGCUGGAGAGCAAAAGCGUGGUGCCUGGCGGCGGCGCUGUAGAAUCGGCUCUCAGCAUUUAUUUGGAGAAUUUCGCUUCCAGUGUGGCUUCCCGUGAACAGCUGGCUAUUGCUGAAUAUGCCAGCGCUCUUUUGAUCAUACCCAAGACAUUGGCUGUCAAUGCUGCCAAAGAUGCCAUUGAUUUGGUUGCCAAGCUCCGUGCGUAUCAUAAUGCUGCAUUGCAAGAGGGUGCCAAUGAGCGCAGACGUGCCCUUAAAAACUAUGGCUUGGAGUUGAUGCAGGGCGGUGUGCGUGAUAACCUGAAUGCUGGCGUUUUGGAGCCUGCUAUAUCCAAGAUCAAGUCGCUAAAAAGUGCUACAGAAGCUGCUCUUGCUAUACUCAGAAUUGACGAUCUGAUUAAAGUAAACCCACCAACUGCGGCUCCAGAAGAUGGUCAUGGUCAUUAG